UGCUCGCAACACAAGAGCGAAAGACUACGAUAUUUCUGCUCUUCCUGCGAAGCGUGUAUUUGUCCUGUUUGCUUCGCCGAAGAUCACCGAGGCCAUGAGUUCGACGUUAUUGAAAAGAGAGUGCAAGAAGAUAAGAAACAUAUCAUGUUGAACGUCGACACCAUCAAGGAAAAGGAAAAGUUGUUUCGAGAAGAGAUUAGAAAACUUGAAAAAACCUCAGAGGAUGUGGAAAUGAUUAUCGCAAUCGCUAAACAAGACGUGUCUGAAGCAGCUCAACACGUGAUCAUAGAGACGCGACAGCAAGAAAAACAGUUGUUAGACUCCUUAGAAAUGACACGUAGAAAAAGAAUAGAGCAAAUUAAAUCGGCCAAACAAGAACUGGAAUUUCUGGUAAAACAAAUGAACCAGGCGGCUAAAUUAGCGGAAGGCCUCGUUCAGAGAUGGUCUGGCUUGCAUAUUGUAUCCAACAUGACAACUUUGAAGCAGAAAUUUCAAAAGCUUUGUGGGGUUAAGAUUUCAAGGCAUCAUCCGACAACAUUUGUCAAAUUUACUGCGGCAUCGCAACAAGACUUGAAACUGGGUUUUAUACAACUCACCGAGAAACCGGCAAAAGCCGCUAAAUCAACUGUAAAAGGAUUGGAUCAAACUUUCCAGGCUGGUGUAGAAGUAGAGUUAACGUUGUGUCCAAAAACUGCAGAGGGAGAGAUUUGUAACCAGGCCGAUUUUCACGAUCAAGUUGAAUUGCUGUUAAAACCUGCCGUUGACGUCACAAACGUGACUGUUCAAGAAAAAGGAGAAGGCAAUCUUAGGCUGAAGUUUACACCUAAAGUGCCUGGCGCCUACAGCGUUGAGGUGAAGAUUAAUGGCGAAAAGCUUCCGACCUGUCCGUUCACUUUGGCAGUGAAAGAACGUCAACUUGUCGUAGUCGGUGAAUUUGACUUCAAGUUCAACCAAGGGCAGGAGUUCAAGGGACCAAGUGGAAUCGCCGUUAACAGGCAAGGCGACAUAGCUGUUGCAGAUUAUUACGGACACUGUGUUUUCGUAUUCAAUAAAGAAGGGAACUGUUUACAACAAAUUGGAAAAGAAGGAACAGAUCCUGGACAAUUCAAAAAUCCAAAUGGGGUGUCAUUUUUAAACAACAACGAAAUUCUUAUUGCAGAUCAAUCAAAUAACAGAAUACAACACAUAAAUAUCCAGACAGGAUCUGUUGUAAAAACCUUUGGAAAAGAAGGUGAGAGAAAAGGAAACUUCAAGACUCCACUUAGUAUUUGCCUUGAUGAUACAGAACGUACUGUUGUCACUGAAUUCAAUAACAAUAGAGUUCAAGUAAUGUCAAAAGAGGGCGAAGCUCUAUUCACAAUAGGAGACAAUAGUCCAGAGAAACUCAGUACACCAUACGGCUGCGUUCCUUACAAAAACAUUUUCCUGGUAACUGAAAGAGACAAUCACGUCAUAAAAGCAUUUGAUGCGUCAAACACUUUCCAGUACAAGUUUGGCGAAAAAGGGAAUCAAGAUAGACAGUUCGACGCACCCCGUGGCAUGUGUUUAGACGGCUCUAAUAACCUUCUUUCCACUUCAAAUUAUAACGGCGCCAGAUGGGCGUAUACUAGUCACAAGCCGUAAAGCUAAGAAAAUAUACAUACUGAAGUGAAUGUGUUUCUAUUCUACAAAUCAUUCAAAUGCUGUAUGUAAGCGAAAACUAAAAUCGAAUCAUUUUUAAGAAGAAAUUUCUUCACAAGUGGCAGAAACAUUCAACAGUGUAAAUGCAUCUUUAGCCCUAAAAUACAGAAACUAAGGGGAGGGGGGCAAGCAAAAAAUUGGCCCAUGACCCAUACACCGAAUUCAUAAAUGGUGGCCGCGCGGAAAGGCCUAGUUUCGAAUACAUGAAAACGAGGCUCGAAAAGUAUUUAUUCAGUUCACUGUGGCGUCAUCUUCGGCAAGUUCGUCGGAUAGCGUUGUUAUUCUCACAGAAGACGAAGGAAUUACUCCUUCAAAAAUUAAAAAGUUCUUGACCUUUUUAA